AUGCAGACGUUAAAACUGAUUCCCAAAGGUUGGCCUUCUUGUGUAACUUCUUCUUUGCCUUCAGUCACAGUGAGAAGCACACGUGAUUUCAUGGGCUUUAUGCUGCAGGCUCGCAGGGUAUCGAAUGAUCAAAUUGCCGGCACUUUUGUUUACAUUCCUCCUGGCUCCAAACUCCUGACUUGUUUUGAAGAUGGUGAUACUGUUACCCACUCGGACAAGUCACUGAAGAGAAACCUCUCCUUUGUGUGGAAGGCACCGGAUCAGCCCGUUGGAGACAUCCGGUUUUUUUUAUCAGUAGUCCAGUCCUACUUUGUUUACUGGGCAAGGAUUGAAUCUUCCACAGUAUAUCAACAAAUGCAAAACAGAACCACUGCUGACCGCAGGAUAGCCUCCAGUGCUGUAAAGCCAACACUUUUUCAGGAGCCUACUGAUCUAGAAGGAGGAUCUACUACAGGUUCCUCUCAGUACACCGUCUUAACUCAGAUUGCAAAUGUAUCAUCUACCAGCCUGAGUCAGAUUGCAGCAACACUGGUUCUGGAUCCAGCUUAUAGCAGACAGCAAGUGUCGGAGCUCCCUGGCAAAGAAAAUCUUCUCUCUGAAUCCCAAGCGGACUCUGUCACUCCACGGGCCCUCAGCCAUGAGGAAGAACGGCCACCCCCUGGAAGUGGCAGAGAGAGCGAUCAGCUGGAGUCCUCCCUUCAGUUUCAGGGCCUGGGCUUCAGAGCACGAGGCUAUUCCUCCAGGCGCAGCACAUCCAACGGGACAGAAAAUGCCUCCAGUAUUCCCAAGUCAUCACUGUGUUCAACAUGUACAGAAGGCGCAGAGGUGGUUUCUAUACCUUCUAACCUGGGCAUAUGGAAUUCUGCACUCCCCAUUACAGCUUCCCCUUUGAUCCAGCUUUGGGAACCUCCGCUGCUUUCAGGAGUGGGAGCAAUAUCAGAACAUUUAGGGAGAGAAGAGGACUCUGAUGCCUCCCAAAGUUUAUCAGCAGCCUCGCGGCAAACGGUGAAGGAAAACCCAGUGACACAGAAAGGCCCAGCAAACUUCCUGCCCCAGGCAGAACUGACUGCUCCUGGCCAGGAGAAAAAGGAGAAAGAGGUGAAGACACCCCUGAAGGUAACAAGAGCAGUAACUAAAGCCGGUGCUCCUGGAGAUGGAGGAGUCAAGCCAGGCCGGAGGCCACAGAUGGUCGCUGCUCAGCUCGGUGUCCUCCUUGGAUGUUCUGUUGUCCUUGGCAUGGUCCUGGCUAUCAGUCUGCGCUGCAUCCACUCCCAGUAUUGUCACAAGCGAACGGAGGUGUCCUUUAGUGAGCCAGAGGACAAUGUGAUUGCCUUGAGAGAGAGUGGGGAGAUGAUGCAUUUCAGAAAGAUACGAGAAAACAGCUUUGUCCUGGUCCAGGCAGAGUACAACUGGAUCAAUCCAUCCGGCAGUGGUAAAAAAGCUGCCAUCUAG